UUGUAGAUCAUUCAGAAACUAGAAAUAAAACCCUUUUUCCCAAUUCAACGCUCGACCGGUGCUGACGUACUCACUUUCCCUCUUCCCUUCUUUCUUUUCUCUCCUUUUCCAAUUUAGAUCUUAACCUUGUUCUUCCUCAUCUCCUUUGAGAAAAAGCAUCGGGGGGAUAGGAUUGUUGUGUUGUGGUGUUGUUCAUUUCAAUGGCUGCUCCACCUGCUAGAGCUCGUGCAGAUUACGAUUACCUAAUAAAGCUUCUCCUCAUCGGCGAUAGCGGUGUUGGUAAAAGUUGCCUUCUAUUGCGAUUCUCGGAUGGAUCUUUUACAACUAGUUUUAUCACAACCAUUGGCAUUGAUUUCAAAAUAAGGACUAUAGAGCUUGAUGGCAAACGAAUCAAAUUGCAAAUAUGGGAUACAGCUGGCCAAGAGCGGUUCCGAACUAUUACAACUGCUUAUUACCGUGGAGCCAUGGGUAUUUUGCUUGUAUAUGAUGUGACUGACGAGUCUUCUUUUAACAACAUUAGGAAUUGGAUUCGUAACAUUGAGCAGCAUGCUUCUGACAAUGUCAACAAGAUACUGGUGGGCAACAAGGCUGACAUGGAUGAAAGCAAACGGGCUGUGCCAACUUCUAAAGGUCAAGCUCUUGCAGAUGAAUAUGGCAUCAAGUUUUUUGAGACUAGUGCAAAAACAAAUUUAAACGUGGAGGAUGUUUUCUUUUCAAUAGCUCGGGACAUCAAGCAAAGACUUGCAGAUACUGACUCAAAAUCUGAGCCCCAGACAAUCAAGAUUAACCAACCAGACCAGGGAGCUGGGGCUGCGCAGGCCGCCCAAAAAUCUGCUUGCUGUGGUUCUUAAUGGGAAGCUCGGAGGGCAUACAUUUGACUGAGAAAUUUAAUUUUGUUAAUGACUAUGUCAUUAGUGCCUGUAUGAUUCUUAUUAUUUUACAGCUGCUACUCAUUGGGUGUGAAUGGAAGAUCUUCUCUAUGUUGGGAAA